UCACUUCUCCACAGCGAGGGGACUCUGAGAAUAAACAAUUCCCACCGACUACACGCUAUACACCUCGGCUCGCUUGCAGUCGCAGCGUGCGCGCGUACACACACACACACACACACACACACAAACAUAAACACCCAAGCAUCGUUUUGGACUAAACAUUUUGUUUUUUAAAAGCCUGCCUCGCCAUCUUUGUUCGCCCGCCUUGAGUGUUAAGACGGACGCGACCGUUUUUCAUUGGAUUUGCCUCCCCCUGUCGAACAACAGCGAUGCGCCUCGCCGGCUGACUGUGGGGUGGACACUGCAGGUUAUGUGGCGGGAGUGCAGGGGAGAAGCCGGGGCUAAGUGAAAAUGCCACUCAUUCCUGAAGAGUCCCUGGCCUCGUCAAGGAGGUUCAGGAGCCAGCCCCCCUUGGUCGAGCUGAGAGACUGGAAUACACGGAAGGCCCGAGGAUCCGCCCAAAGUACGAGCAGGGAUAAAAGAUCUGAGAUGUAUAGCGGACUCUGACCCUCGGUGCCCUGUCCCCAAUGUGAGAUCUGCAAAGCUGAAAGGCGCCACUGACGGGAUCACUGCCAGGCCUCAGGACAGACAUCCCAAACAUCCAAAGCCAUGGAAUGUUUCAACAUCUUUGUGGUGAAUUCCCACUGACUCCUCGCAUGCUCCUCGCAUAAGUGUGGAGCUCGGCCUUCUAGUAUCCUACAGUGUUUAAAGGCAUACAACAAUGCCUGGGAGGCCCGCCUUCCCCCGAUUGCCUCCGACCAUGGAUGCUGUGUCACCACAGUGCUGACUGCGCCCACUCCAGAAAGGGACCACAUCUGGUCAGUGCAUCCUCCGGCCCGCUGCAGACUUUUCUUUUAGGUUAGGAGGUACAUGCCACUGUCAACCAGAUGACCUAGUGGACAUUUGUUUCCCACUAGCAGUGCUGAACCAUACGAGGGGAUCCUAGUAUUGAACAUGACUCAUGGGGAGGAGCCUGGCCCUGAGACACACAAGGAUUCAGCUGUUCUAACUUAUCUGGAAGGUUUACUGAUGCAUCCAGUGGUAGCCGGGCCUGGGGCCACGGCGAGCGGGAGGUCUGAGGCUGCCCACAGCAACCAGGAGCAGAGUGACAAGGUGGGCGGGCCUUUCCAACUGCCCAAUCAUAGCCCCACGGCUCCCAAAGCGGGAACUAACGGGCCCACACAGGGUUCCUCGCAGCACCUGAAGAAGGCCCGUCUACUGCGCUCCGGAGACUGGAAUGAUCCAGGAUCCCAGCGGAUCACUUCACCCCCAAUGGAGAUGAACGGCCAGGUGGGAGGCCUGCAAAAUGGAACAUUAGAGGGAUCUCCUCAUGCCGGGGAGAGCACCCUGUUGGCGUCCCUGCUCCAGUCCUUCAGCUCACGGCUUCAGAGUGUAGCAAUGUCUCAGCACUCUAAUAAACCCCCCAGUGAGUGUUCCUCUCCAUCCAAGGCACCGUCUCCGGAUAAAGAGCCACUUCCUGUGUAUGGCACAGCCUCGAGCCGCUUGAAGGGCCUGAUGAGGAAGAGCAAACUUCAAAAUCACAGCAACACCCCUUACAGUCGCAGGGGACACAGUCAAGACAGGCCCCCAGAAUCGCCCCGGUCAGCACACAGUGCCACUCCUCCCUCCGCCCAGACGACUGCUGAAUCCGUGUCCUGUGCGGAUCGUCUGAAGGCGGUGGCCAACAUGGUGAAGAUCCGUUCUAGUCCGGCGCCUUCACCCAAGCCCAGUGUGGCCUGCAGUCAACUGGCCCUGCUGCUGUCCAGCGAAGCCCACCUCCAGCAGUACUCACGGGAGCAUGCACUCAAAGCCCAGCUCUCAGGAAGGUCUGCCAGCGAGAGACUAGCUGCCAUGGCAAACCAGCAGUACGGCCAGGACAGCCGGCCCCCGAGUGUGGGAGGGAACCUGCCUGGAGCCCCAGACACACUAAGCUCCUUAUCAACCCAAAAUGGAAUGACAACAACAACCACAACAACAACAACACUCCCUCGAACGGCGCUGUCCAGUCCACAGAGCCCCUCUUUGCUACAUGGCAACAGCCGAAGCUCCCCACCCACUCCCCCUGCGCAUGCUCCAAACCCCACCCUCAGCCAGCCAUCAAGGGAGAAGCGAGGCUUUGACUCCCGUCCAGCCCGCCCCCCGCAGACAUGCAGCAGCUUGCUGCUGCUGCUUCUCAACAACCACAACAACCAGAAGCAGCUGACAAAGAACGGGCACCUGGAGGACGGCUGUGGCAUUCUGCCGCCGAGCGGCUCUUCUUCAGUCACAUCGGACAGCGAGUGCUCCGUCCAGGAGAGGAGCCUGACCAAGGACAGCAGUGAUGCAGAGAGUUCCUACUCGAGUUGCUCUCCCAUUGACCUCUCCAUAAGAAGCCGGGCCAGUGCACGAGACAAAGGGCCCAAAAACACUGCCCCCUCUUCCUCUUUCUCCUUCUACUCUUCCACCUCUACCCUCUCUUCUUCCACCGCAGUGUUUUCCUCCAUGCCAGUUUCAUUCUCUCCCCGAGCUUCUGCUCAACCCUCCGCCGCAACCUUUUCUCCAACCUCUGCUGCUGUCCCCUGUAUUUCCACUGCCAUGUCCUCCUCUUCCUCCUCCUCUAUGUCUACCUCCUCUCUAGACAAACUAACAGAAUCUUUAAUAAACAAGUGGAAGCCAGAGCCAUCAGGGUCAAAACUGUGCAAGAACAAGGAGUCUGAAAUGAGCCAGGACCUAAAAUCACACUCUAAAGUCACACUAAUGCAGCUUCUUCUUGAGCGCAGGAAUAAUGAGAUGGUUAAUAAAAGCGUAUGUAAGCCUGAUUCACCUGCUGAUAUAACUAUGGCAGCCAUAGGUCGAGGCCAACCAAAGGGACUUGUGCCCUGGGAGGAGACCAGGACAGAAAGCCCCAUCGACAGACCGGUAGCCCCAGCCCAGCCCCUCUACUCACCACUCAGCCGGGACACUAGUGGUGCACGAUCCCCAUACUCCUUCCCCUCCCCCCAUGUCCAGUCCAGCCCAUUGGAUUUGUGUAAAUCUAAAGCCUUCCCUGCUGAGGAGGCUUCAGAGCCUGCCUUCAGUGCCAGUAAACUGUUACAAAAUCUGGCUCAGUGUGGCACAGCUUCUUCCUCCCCACCCAUCCCCUCCAGCAAAGGGCUCGGUCAGGAGCUCGAGGCCAGCAGGCCCCUUGCCCUCUUGGAAAGGCUCAAUGCUCCAAUAUACAGGACCACCACCACUCCACUCUCAGACGGACCCUCUGGCAGUGGCACACCUUUCAGUCAGAAGGACGCUUCUCCUCCUUCAAUGCAGAUCGAGAACCUUCUAGAGAGGCGCACUGUACUGCAGCUCCUUCUGGGAACGGGCUCGGCCACUGCUCCGGUCAUCCGUAAAGAUAGGCCCAGUGGCAGGAGGAGUGUGGAGAUCGCAGGGGGCUGCUAUGAGAAGAGCCCCGGCACCUCCCUCAUAUGUGACGGCUCCAAUGGGCCCACUUUGGAUGUAAAGGUCAAAACUGAGUUUGCGGAGGAGGUGGGACAGUCCUCGGCCAUGUCUGAGGACUCUAGUGGCAGAAAGAGACAUGGUGGCUAUGAGAAGAAAAGCCCCCGAGCCGAUUGUCAGCAGGACUUAAAAACAGAACCACGGCCCACAGAGGUCAUCGCGAAAUAUGGCCUCCUCAGCCAGCUGCUGAAACAACAGACUGCUACCUACUAUACCAGUUCUGCGAUGCAGGCUGAGACACAGCCCAGGCAGGUUAAAGAGGAACAGAGGGAGUAUCUAAGCCCCACUCCUAAGAAGAGACGCCUCUGCUCUGUCCGGACUGACAGUUUGAAUCAGACUAGCUGUCCGAGAGCAGUGGACAGUGGCAACAUAAACAUGUACGCGUCCCCUGCCGUUCAGGAAGAGCCUGACCGGCAGAGGACCGUGAAGGAAGAGGAGGCUCCACCGAGGAGUCCUCCAAGUGAAACCCUCACCAGAGAGGGUCGAGGCUUCAAUGUGCUUAAACAGCUGCUGCUCUCUGACAACUGCCUGAAGGAGCUGUCCCAGCAGCCCCGGGGGACGCCCAGUCCCUCCGUCCUGCAGGCCAACGGCAGCAUUCUUAGUCAGCCCGCCCAUAAUCACAGCUUCCUCCACCUGCCGGGCUGGCAACCCCACGGUUCCCUCAACUCAGGGCCUCCGAGUAAUCUCAGACCGCUGCCCACCCCCCCUGCAGGGGACAGCCCUAUCCGCACCUCCUGGAGCCGCCAGCCAGCUCCGUGGCCGGUCGCUCCAAAGCCGGACCCGCCCACUCUCGUCAAACAGGAGCCCGAGAGCCCUGUGAGGUGGAGUAGUCAGGAGAAUGAGGAGGAGCAGCCGGAGGAGGAGGAGGGGGGGGAGGGUUGUGACUCAAACCCGGACUCCCCGCGGCUCUCGCGCUCCAACCCCAUCCUGUACUACAUGCUGCAGAAGGGCAGCAUUCAGCUGAGGAAGGAGAUGCGGGAUCAGGCCGAGGGAACCCACUCUCUGGUCCGAGUUAAAGAAGAGCCAAUCAGUGACAUGCAUGCUUAUGAACACAGUCUGAGCUCCAUCCCGCAAUCACCCAACCACAAUGACAAGCACAGCCAUGAGAGCCAGGGGCUGAGCCAAUCAUAUGAGUAGAAGUUGUAUCAACUGCAGAAAAAUACAAAGCGGAAUCAAAUUCAUUGACUUUCUUUUUUCAUUUUUUCUUCUUUUCUUUUUAAUGACUUGCCAAAUUUGAUGGGACAAAUAACAAAGACUGCAAACAUGAUUCUAUUUUAUCUUUUUCUUGUGGAAUAGAGUAUUGCAUACAGUACAGUGGUUUCUCAAUUGUAAAUGGCGACGUCAUGGCGUGUACAGGUCUAUCAUAGCAAAAUGUCUAAUGGAUUCAAGCUAAACUACACAACCGUCAUCGAUUGAACCUUUCCCAUCUGUGAUUAUCAUGCUCUCCAUGUUUCAUUUGGUCAACUAGGAAGUCCUCCUUUACAAUUUGGUCUUGUUCUACACUUUUCAUUUGGAUCCGAGUUCUACACAUAGCACUAGUCCAUGUCCCCUUUGUUGCCGGCCAUUAAACAUUUAGAAGGAACAUUUCAGGCAACAUUCAUUAUUGAUGACUCCAAAAAUGUUAGCGCUCAGUUCAGUGGACAUUUAUUUAUUUAUUUUCUCCAUCAGAACAUUUUCAGAUUAGACAGAGGCCCAUCAAUUUUAGAUAAGAUUCCAAAUAAAGCCGUUCUCGGUCUAUUACAACAAUGCACAUGGCAAAUUCAUUCAAAGGAGGACCUUGAAAACAGUUCACACUGCAGUGGCUUCGGUGAGGAGCCCACCAUGAUGAAUGCUUUGUCUCGCUCCUCCUCGAGAUGCACCGUGUGGUGUGAUUACCAGUGGAUGUAGGAUGUAGCGCCGGAGGUUUGAAUAGUCACAAUUCAUUGAGUUACGCUUUCAUUUGAAUUGAAUGUUUCAAGGGCAAUCUUCGACGGUGCAAAUUCCGGGUGACGUGCUUGCAGAUUGUGCAGUUUUGAGCAGACGGGUCAGCGUGCGGCGCUCGCCGCUGAGCGACUGCGUGUAAACAGGUUUCUGGAGCAACAGUUAGAAAGGCUGAGGGCGUUAUCCCCCCCCGCCGCCGCGCUCGACACGCACACCCAGACUUCAAGUGUGAAGCGCUUUUUCUUCUCUUAUUUCACGUCACGUGAAGGACCACCUGGAGUUUGCACUGUCGAACGCCGAGUCCAAUCAUUUAAUGAAUGGCAUGUAAUAAAUAAAUAAAAGAAAUGUCAGUAUUGUUAUCCCUUGAGAAUUUGACAGUUUGUGAUUCUUUUCGGCAUUUCUUCAACUGUUGUGGUUAAUGGACAUCUUUCUUCUUCUAUUUUUUUUUUUUUUUUUUUUGGCUGUCUCUUAACUCAUAAAAUGUCUAAAGAAUUGCAUGGUAAUUAAGAGAAGACCACAAGGUACAUGUUUGUUUUCCAGGCAGCUGGAUGAGUGUACCUGCCCCCCAACAAUCACCGACACAUGUCGGUGUCUUGAGGGAUAUCCGGUAUCUGGCUCCUGAUUUUGAUUGUACUGUAUUCUUUUCGGUUAAUGUCACACACUGCUUUAUCCAUUUAGUCUUGUGAUCUUUUUAAUACAUAUACCUAUGAAGUACGUCUCUUCGAUUAUUAAUACAUUUUCACAAUGGUUCAAUAUAUUUGUGUAAAUAGUACUUUCAGUAUGAAAGAUGACUAUUUUGUAAUGUUUAAGAAAAGAUAUUAACCUAGUUUUUAAUGCCCCGAUAUGUAAAUAUGAAUUAUAUGCGUACAAGUGUACAUACAAAGGCAGAGGAUGCUAUGCCCAUCUUUUUUUGGUUGGUUUGUUCUUUGCAUGUGUCUCUAUGUGGUAAAUGAUAAUCUAUCCUGCGCUGUGUUGUGUAAUAAUGUCUGACUCCUCACUGCUGCCUGUUGCAUGCAGACGCAUGGGAACUACCUGUGUAGCCCUACUGGUGACGGGGGAAACGUCAAGUCUUAAAAAUAGGUCUUUUUUAUCACAGAGAGGUCUGUUUAGAAUACCAACAGUCCCUAAAUAACCACAGACUGUCGAGCGAGUUGAUUCUGAAAUGUGUGAAAAAUAAACGUGCAUUGAAUAUU